AUGUGUCACCCAAACUUGCAUUAUGCAACCUUGGACUCUCCUCAGUAUGAAAUAAAGGGAAUUACGCCUUUAUGCUUGGCGAGUUACUUGGGAAAAGCAGAUAUUAUCCAGUUACUGUUGGAUGAUGGAAGGGUCAAUGUGGAUGGAACGGACAGUAAGAAUGCAACUGCUUUGAUGUAUGCUGCCAGAGAUGGUAAUGUGCCUAUCAUUAAAACAUUACUCAGAUACAGCGCAUCGCCUGACGUGACAGAUAGCCAUGGAUGGUCUGCUAUUCAAUAUGCGGAAAGGAACCCCGAGAUUGUACAGAUGUGUGAACAAGUGCUCCGAGUGAAAAGAGCAGAAUAUGCUGUAAGCGAACCUUUUAAAAAAACAGUGGCGUAG